CAGGCGGAAGUGCGCGCUGGGCUUUUUUAGUAUGGACGCGUUCUCUUGAUGGUCACGCGCUGUAGAAUUCUCGUACGCGCGAGCGUCAUUCCCAAAGAAAAUGAAUGCGGAUUGAAGCGGCACGCGGGGAGAGAGCGUUUGUUUUGCGCUGCAAACGCGAGACGAACAUGGGCAUUUGCGUUUGAACCCUCGGGAACGAGUGGAAACCAAAGGUUGAAUGGUUACUUUAUUCCCCUCGCCGAACUGUUACUGUUAGCGGACUCGGAGAAGUUAAAGGGGCUUUUUCACCUUCAGCCUCAUCACAGUCACAGGAUUUUGAGGGGUGCUCUGUGCUAACGAGCCACAUGGGACAUACUUUGAAUUAUUCAAUUGCGGCUCGCGCAAGCGCGAAUCGAGAAUAAUGACACGCAGAUGGUAGACUAAAGCGCGUUCAUGGAAAACGGACAUAUUUGCGUUUGGAAAGAGAAAAACUGACAGUGUAUCGAGCGCGUUUGGCCCCUCGUCAUGCGGCGGUGGGGGAGGAUCGGAGCAGGGACCUCGCAGCGGAUUUCAUGUUUCGCAACUAUGUUAAUGCCCCACAACGAGGGAUUAUAAGGCCUCAGAAUGACACUUGCUUUCCAAAUGGUUAAAGUGCACGCGAGAAGUUGCGUAUAGAGUUUGUUCUGCGAGCGGCAACAAAACCAGAGCGCCCAAUUCUAUCUAAAUGUUUCAAACGGCAAUGCAUAUAUCAAGUGUCGUUGAAUGUAACGUUAGCUCACAGUGCAGCAUGUACACUAUGACUCUAUGACUACAUUACUUGCUUUGAAUUGAUCAGGGAACCAUUUCGGCUGCCUUCGUGUGUCUUAACGCGUCUUUAUGUGUGAAGUUAUUCUGUGGUCCUCUGCACAAAUGGCGUCUUUCCCAGACUCCGACCUGCAAACAUGUCCGCUGUGCAAGGAGCUGUGCGGCUGCUCUGCUCCGAUCUCCUCCAAUUCAUCUACCUCCUCCUCUUCCUCACAGACCUCCAACUCAUCUACCUCAUCCACCAGGAGACUGCACGUUCUGCCCUGUCUGCACGCCUUCUGCAGGCAAUGCCUGGAGGGCCACCGGAGCCCCGGUGACCCUCUGAAGCUCAGAUGCCCCACAUGCGACCAAAAAGUGUCUUUGUCGGAAUCAGGCGUGGACGCGCUGCCCUCCUCCAACUUUCUGUUCAGCAACCUUCUGGAUGUGGUGGUCUCUGCUGAGGAACAGGGCAAGAACGGGCGGUCUUCAUCGGUGGUCCAUCACGGUGGUCUUCUGAGACCCCAGCACCUCUCGGACCCCCAGUGCAGCUCUUGUGAUGAGGGGAACCCCGCUACCUCUCACUGCCUGGACUGCCAGGAGUACCUGUGCGAUAACUGCGUACGGGCCCACCAGAGGGUCCGACUCACCAAAGACCACUUCAUCGAGGGGCUGAUGGAGAGCUUACACCUGGCUAACCGCACCAUCAACUCCAACACCCCCGUCAACAUCUCCCAGUCCUUCCAUAACAGCUUCUCCAUGCUGAAUGUGUUCCAGGAGAGGGUGGAGUUCUGCCAGCAACAUGAUAACGCGGUGCUGCGCUUUUUCUGCGACAGCUGCUCCGUGCCGAUCUGUAGGGAGUGCAGCUUGGGCAGACACGCAGGUCACAGUUUCACCUACCUUCAGGAAGCACUGCAGGACUCCAGAGCGCUGACAAUCCAGCUGCUCGCAGACGCACAGCAGGGUAGACAGGCCAUACAGCUGAGCAUCGAGAAAGCCCAAGCCAUUGCUGAACAGGUGGAGCUGAAGGCUAAGGUUGUGCAGUCAGAAGUGAAAACGAUCACUCUACGUCAUAAGAAAGCUCUGGAGGAACGCGAGUGUGAGCUGCUCUGGAAGGUGGAAAAGAUCCGCCAGGUGAAGGCAAAAUCACUUUACCUGCAGGUUGAGAAACUACACCAGAAUCUCACCAAGCUGGAUAGUACUAUCGCCACAGUGACGCAGGUUUUAGAAGAAGGCCGUAGCAUAGAUGUCCUGCUAGCACGCGAGCACAUGUUAAAUCAGCUACAGGAGCUUAAAUCUCUCCGCUGCUUCCUACAGCCCCAAGAAGACGAUCGCAUCAUGUUCACCCCUCCAGACCAGGCUCUUCUGAUUGCCAUCAAGUCCAUGGGCCUCAUCAGCAGUGGAGCCUUUGCCACAGCUUCCAAAGCUCACGGUGAAGGCCUCAAGAGAGCACUGCAAGGAAAGCUAGCUUCCUUUACUGUCGUAGGGUAUGAUCAUGAUGGUGAACCUCGGUUGUCCGGUGGUGACAGCGUCUCAGUUGUGCUUAUGAAUCCGGAUGGUAAUCUGUCCAGCGCAGAUGUUUCUGAUCACCAAGAUGGAACGUACACAGUCGGCUAUUUGCCCAAGAGCGAGGGUGAGCAUUUGCUCUCGGUGCUUGUAUGCAAUCAGCACAUUGAGGGAAGUCCGUUCAAAGUGAUGGUCAAGUCCGGUCGCAGUUACGGCGGUGUUGGCUUGCCCAUUGCAACCUUUGGAGGAGAGGGCGAUGGGGACGGGCAACUGUGUCGGCCUUGGGGCAUCUGCGUGGAUAAGGAGGGCUACGUGGUGGUUGCUGACCGAAGCAACAACCGCGUGCAGAUCUUCAAGCCUUGUGGCACGUUCCACCACAGGUUUGGCACUUUGGGCUCUCGACCGGGCCAGUUUGACCGCCCGGCUGGGGUCGCCUGUGACAGCCAGAGGAGAAUCAUUGUAGCAGAUAAGGACAAUCACCGCAUCCAGAUUUUCUCAUUCGAUGGCCAGUUUCUUGUCAAAUUUGGCGAGAAGGGAACCAAAAAUGGGCAAUUCAACUACCCAUGGGAUGUUGCCGUCAACUCUGAGGGAAAGAUCCUGGUUUCGGAUACACGCAACCACCGCGUGCAACUCUUUGGGCCUGACGGGUCUUUCCUCAACAAAUACGGAUUCGAAGGUGCCCUCUGGAAACAUUUUGACUCGCCUCGCGGUGUAGCUUUUAAUCAGGAAGGUCACCUCGUCGUGACCGACUUCAACAAUCAUCGGCUGCUUGUCAUCAGGCCCGAUUGCCAGUCAGCACGCUUCCUUGGGUCCGAGGGAACCGGAAAUGGCCAGUUCUUGCGCCCACAAGGCGUAGCCGUGGACCAGGAGGAUCGUAUUAUCGUGGCUGACUCCCGCAACCAUCGCAUUCAGGUGUUCGAACCCAAUGGCAACUUUUUAUGCAAGUUUGGGACUCAAGGGAGCGGCUUCGGCCAAAUGGAUCGCCCCUCUGGUAUAGCGGUUACUCCUGAUGGAAUGAUUGUGGCUGUGGACUUUGGAAACAACCGAAUCCUCGUGUUCUGACCUUUUAUUGUUUGAAAUAUGAAACUAUAGCUGUGGACAAAUGGAAAAAGAGAUUUUGCACAUCUAUCAUGAGCAAAUGCAGUUUGAUCUUUGCAAGAUGACAACAGUUGUGGAUAGUUUUGUACGAUUCUCAGUGAUUGUGUAACACCAAAUGCUUGCCGUUACAGCACACAGUUUCGAUUGCUGCAAGCUGAGAGUGUUUUGCUCUUGGUAUGUGUCUUCAAAUCCUGUUUCUUUUUUUUUCUCAGGGAAUUUCUUGCAUUCUUGAAAUAUUUUCUCUCUGCAUCCCACCUACCUCAUCUAGCUUAUGUAUGAAUGUACUCACGUUUGUGCAGAGACCUAGUCCGUGAAGUUUUAUAAAGAAACGUCUACCUCAGUGUUUUUUUUUUUUGUUUGUAAAAUGUGAGG